AUUCUAUGUAAAACACCCAUUCUACGUUAGGUCCAGGUAACCAUGGGGGGAAAAAGCAGUGGCUGCCGAAUCUAUUAUUCAUUAUCUGGCUCUUGUUCGGCGGCAUAAACAACGUAAAAGACAAGCAUUCUAGAAUCUACAAGCAGUGGGAUAUGUUGACAGUUGAACGCUCCACCAUAUCACAUUCAACAACUAGGCAGUGAACCCAUAUUCUAUGUUAACUAUGGAAUCCUCUAUGUUCUGCUUCUUACCUUGUCUUUGUUGAGUCUUCUCCAUGCCGUCUCAUCGGCAAUGCAUCCAUCCACUUGCUCGUCUUACUUUCUAACAACCAACUUCGACAACUAAGGCUAGAUACUUAGGCAAUCAUAGGAUAUUGCGGCUGCCUGGCAAAUCUGUUAAUAUAAAAUACCUCAUCGUAAAGUGAUCUUCCUACUUGCCCGAAAUAAAAUACACCAUCUAGUAAAAUCAACUGCAUCAAGUUCGACCCUCAACACGAAGAUUACAGUGAACAUAGCGCAGACAUGGAAGGUACCUUGGAGUUAUCUGAGAUUCUUCAGCCGGGUUAUCCUCAAGAGAUGGUUCGCAGAUAUUAUCAGGAACAAUGGAGUGAAUCCGCCAUCAUUGCAGGGGACUUGGAGGUAUACGAAGCCUCAGAUAUUCCUAUUUCUCAUCGCCUGAGCAUGGAAAGGGGCUUUUGGGAAACCCAUUCCAUUAGCAUCCAUGACCCGCUAAUGAGAAAGAUCCUCCGCGAUGUUCUGGAUGGAUAUCCAGGCCUUACCGUACUGAAUACCUGUCGCUCGACUUUCUUCCCACCUUUUCAACCACUAGUGCACCGUUGGGACGAGCUGGAAGGAUAUGCUGCUGAAGCUAAAGCCGACCCCACUACCGAGCACGCAUUCUUUGUGCUACGCUACGUUCUAAACUCAAUCAUCAACCAUCCGCUUUCUCCAUCCGUUAGGAUUAAGGCGACCGGUAAUAUUGACUAUGAAAGUAUAUGGUGCCUGUAUGCCCCUGGUUCCCUAGUCGUGAGUAGGGAAUGGGACGUCUAUGUUGUCUCUCGUGUAACCAAAUGCAGCAAACGAGAUUCCUCACCGGGAACCACUGGAUGUUGGACAAUUGAUGUAGAGCAUGUGGAUUGGAACGGCGAUGAAUGCGGCUACAGAAAAUAUUUUUUCGAAAUCGAAAAAUUCAAGGGUUAUUGCCGAGUCACAGGAUUAGAUAUGUUCCCACUCUCAUAUGCAGAAGAUGAGCCCGGGCUGAGAGCAGCACUGAUCGAGAAGGGCCGUAAGUUUGAGCAACUCCGAGGCUACAAAAUCGUUGCCUGUUGCGAUGGAUGCUGGAUAUGGGAUAAUACCUGUAAGAAUUGGCGACUACAACCCCCUGGGUCAAGGGUUUGUAUUGACGCACUUGCGUACUAUCACGGCAGAUUAUCCGAUAAGCCUAAAUUACGACCACUCCACGAUGACGAAGAAGACCAAGCAGAUAGCAUAGAGCAAAUGGUUGAUGGGUCCCAAACCAUACUAGAGUCUUCGCCAACUCCUCCUGCGACUGAUGUGGUGCCAACAUAUCCAUCUAUGAGAAAAGAGGAACGGCGUCCCUUGACUGAUGAGCAGCGACUCUUGAUACAUCCUUGGCUUCGAGUUUUUGAUUUCCAAACAAAAACAUGGUGCAAGAUUUUGAUCGAUAACGUGAGGGAGCUAAUUUGGGACGACCACGCCUUCGAGAAACUCCUUUUGCCCAGACACGAGAGAGAAGUACUGCUAAACUUCGUUAAAGGGAAGCUCUUGUCUAGGGACUCGGUGCUAGGCGACCUUAACGGGAAAAAGGAUCGCCGUUUUACUUGCCUCAUGCUCGGGCCUCCGGGAGUCGGGAAGAAGUUCGCAGCUAAGGCGGUCGCCGAAAAAGUAAGGCUUCCCGUAUAUUCCAUAUGUGUCUCCGACUACCAGAAUAGUCACUGCGAUUCAGAGGCGGACUUGAAACAGGCGGUGGAUCGCUGCCACCUGCUGAAUGGUAUUCUCCUCCUGACAGAGGCGGACAUGCUCCUUAAUACCCAGAAAAACAACCCCGAAGAGCAGCAACAAGCGGCCGCUCUACUUCAAGCACUGGAAAGAUUCACAGGUAUCCUACUCCUCACUGCCAGAGAAGCCAGCAGCAUUGACCCAGCCUUCCAAAUUGAUCUCUUCCUAGCCUUCGGCCCCCUCACCGCCCAGAUGCGUCGCCAAAUCUGGCAGAGCUCCAUCGAGAACGCGGGGGAGGAUAGCUCCAUAUGCAGUUCCGAGAAUACAGACGAGCUUCUCUACGAGCUAUCGAAAUUCGAUCUGAACGGACACGAGAUCGAGGGCCUUGUCAAAAGUGUCCAGAUCCUUGCGCUGGGGAGCGAAGACAGCGGUCGGAAGGUAUCGAAAGAUACGCUGUGUCUCCUCGCGAAGAAUCGUAUCUUGUCCCUGAGGCCCCCGAGUGGGAAUCCACUACCUAUCUCCAGAGCGCGUUUCCCGCAGCUUGAAGAAGCAAGUUCCCCAAGUAACCAGCGGAGAGCAUCGAGUGAGCCCUGGAAAGGUGUUUAGGUAAACGAUACAGAUCAAAUCAUCUCCCUUCCAUGAUCAAGGGUAACUGGCAGGCUUGGCUUGCAGUGUAGCAUCGUCGAAAUAAGUCCACUUCCUACUAAUGGAUUCGGUGGGAAACUAAGGUACCUAUCCAUGAAUGGCUUUCUGCCAGGGAUAGAGGUUCAUUGGCUAUUUAAGGGGUAGUAAGCUCCCUUGUAAGAGAACAUAAAUUCAGGCAUUACUAGAUUAGCAGAAUAGACUGUAUGUACGAUCCUUGACAUUCAAUCAGGUACAUGGCUAUAACUGGCGUUUGGUAGCAGAGAUGUUCCAGAUCCUCUUGGUAACGUGACUCAUUUGGGUAUGAGGUACUUAAACUUUGGGAUGAAAGAAUAAGCAGAGCGGUGGAGUUUUAGACACCAAGAACGAUG